UCAUUUCAAGUCACAAGUUUCCAUAUCCCCAAAAUUUUAGAAAACUUCCUCGCUGAAAUAAUAAUUUAAUCGUGUAUGUCAAUUACUACAACAUCAAAUAAGAGAGGAUUAAUAAUAAAGAACAUAAAUAUCUUAGUAAUUAGUAUUUUAAAUAUAUUUUACGUUAUAGCGUAAAAUCAACUUAAAUUAGAAGUACGCAGUCAUUAUCAACGAUUCCAAAAGCUGAGCAAGUAAAUUAUUCAGGAAGGAACGACAUAAAUACUCGCAAUCGCGACAACAUGCAGAAUUUUAGUGACAAAAAUUUACACAGCAUGAAGUUGCAGCCAACUUAUUCGCGACGAGGGGAGAGGAGAUCUCCAAAUUUUGACGUGAAAACAGUAUCUGUCUCCAUGUCGAGAGUUGUUCGAAAUCCGUUGAUUCUCGACGCCAUCUUCGCCAAUCUUGACCUCCCCGAUUUGAAGACGUGCCGUGUCGUUUGCGGUGAGUGGGCCGAUGUCGGGGUCACUUUACUAGGAAAAGGAGCUCUUCUCAACGUCAACAAGCUUUUUCCCUACAAGUCGUCCAAGGUGCCCCCCGUCAACGACAAACUGAUGCGACGUCUCCUCAUCUCCGGCAAAUUCGACGGGUUAAUUUCUUACAGCAAGAAGAAUAACUUUAUUACAAGAGGGCUCACAGAACUCCCAAAAGUGUCAGAAUUAACGCGGGAAAUACAAUUUGUCCCCGCCCAGAAAGAAUUUGUGCCCGUCUUCCUCCAAGGAAUAAGGGCGUUAGGGUCCACCAAAGUCGGACGGAUUGACAUUGUCAGCGCCUGGGAUAGCGGUAUGGACGACUACAUAAUUUUUGCCAAGUCGUAUAAAAAACUCCCCCCGCAAGUUAACCUGACCUCCUUGAGGUUCAAAAUUGUGUCAGACUAUGGAUUUGAUGGGGCCGACGCGACGUCGGAAUUUAAACCCCUAAUCAAAAUCUGGACCGAUGCUGCCCCCAAUUUGACCACGCUGGACGUCGCGGCGUCUCUCUAUCCGGAUUUGGAGGGGUGUGAAAGUCUUAAAGUGCUGAAAUUUGAGUGCAUCACGAGCGAUUUGGGUAGUCGUGAACUCAAUUUUGGUAGCUUGACAAGCAUGCUGGGACAGGUGAAGGAUUCCUUAAUCGAGCUAGAAUUAAAUGUGUGGGACUCCAUGCAGCAGAUCCAACCUGUUAAGGGGGGUCCUGUAAUGUCGAAACUUACCACUCUCUCAAUUCAUGCGAAAAAUGCGCACCAACCUCUCGAAAUUAUUGACUUUUUUGACGAAGACCAUCUCCCAAAAUUAAAAACCUUCCGAGUCCACAACAUAUGUCACGACUCGUCGUUUUUGCCAUAUUUAAACCUGUGGAGGCGACACAGGGGAGUUAAGUCUCUCGCAUUGACCAUGGAUUCCAUUGGUUUUGGGGCGGAUUACUGGAGAAAAACGGUGGAUUUAUUUCCUUCCGUUAAAGAAUUCAAUUUGAACAUGACGCCGGAAGACAUUGCUUCCCUUCCCGACCUCAGCUGGAUUACCGAACCGUUACAAACGUGGGAACUGGAACGGGUCAACGUUAGCGUGGUUGGGGUGAAAAAUUCCUUCGUGAUGACUGAUGUCCUGCAGGCUAUGUCCGUUUUGAGGGGAGCUAAAAGUAUCCGAUUCUGGAACACUGGCGUCCUGGAGAGUGAAUUUUCUCCCGACAUUCAAAAUCUCAUCUUGCACAGCAGAGGAUUUAAAAGCGUAGAAAUCUCUGGACGUGUGGAAUCUGAAAUUGUGGAAAGGAUUCGACCCAUCUUUGAGGCCAGUGGUGCCCCCAUUAAUUUUACGGGAGGGGUGAUUCAUAAAUUGUCUCGAAAUGUGUCGAAUAUGGGAUUUGCCCGAGAUCCUUCGCUCCGAAAAUAGAAGAUAAAAAAUUAAGAUACUUUCUCGGAUAAGAUAUAAGAGAUAAGACAUUUUGUUCAGGUACAUAAGAUACAAGACACUUUACUAAAAAUUAAGUACUCAAGAUACAGUAUACAUACAUAUCUUAAAAUACGUUUUAUUAGACAAGAUACUCCCUUUUUAGCGUAGUAUUCAUGCUCAAUAAAAAUGUUGAGGUGUGAAAUUCAUAUUUAAUAAUCUAAACGUAAAAAUCUAGUUAGUACAAAAUUUAAAUAAUUUAAAAUUUAAUUCCUUGUACUUGGAAGUAUAAAACCCGUAUGAAAAUUCUUAAUUCUUAGCGAAUUCAAAAACAUAUUUGUAUAGGAGGAUUUCUCUAAUUUAUUGAAAAUCUAAUUGUCGCGAACUUAUAAUUUCAAGAUUUUUUAUCGGUUUCUCAAUUCUAUUAAGAUAAAGUCAAAAAAAUUACAAAUGGAUUUUUAAUAUGUAUGCACUUAUCAAGCAAAUUAUUGUGAAUAAACAUUUUAAAUUUUAAAUUUUCGCUAAAAUAAAUAAUUCGUUCGAAA